CUCGCCCCCCCUCUCUUUCUCUCUCUCUUUUUACCCUCCCCUCCUUCCCAAGCCAAGCCCCCAGGAAGGUGGAGUGGUGGGUCCCAGGAUUGAAAUUCAAUCGCUCUGCUUUUAUUCCUCCUCUCUCUUCCCCCCAGAGCUGCCAGGGAAAGGGAAAGGAGAGGGAGAGAAAACCGCGAUUGGGAAGGUCGAUAAGGAAGGGCUGGGAAAGGAGGACGGUGGAAGACCGACUUAGGUUGCUGUAUUGAUGAAAGAGCGAGGAAAUUGGGCUGGUGGAAGGAGCAGAGAGAUAGAAAGAGAGAUAAGAGGAGUGGAGGGUAUAGUUAGGGGGGGGAGAGAGAUAAGGAAGGGGGUGGGUCAUACUGGAGGCAGAAAAAUAGAGGUGAAUGUGUUCGAAUGAAGAGAGCAAAGCAGGGCUUUGAAACCAAGUUCUGCUGAGCACCAGAGAUCUGAUUCUGUAGGGCAUGAACCCAAGAAAGACUAUAAAGUUUCCUGCCGCCAAUGAGCCGAUAAGGGGCUGCCUUCCUCCUCCUCCUCCUCUUCCUCCUCCUGAAUCUGCUUAACCUGUAGGAGAUACCUCUGGCCAACACCAGUGACCAGAUCAGCAUUGGGUCAGCUGAGGACCAUGUCGGAAGGGGACCGGCCUACAAGCGGCCUGAGCCAAGCCAGCAGCACAGUCACCAUCUCUUCCGUCUCCAUGGGAACAAAGCCACGCUCAGCCCGGCCUGUCCGGAAGGUCCACGCUUUUGGGAAGAGGGCAAACUCCAUCAAGAGAGACCCCAACUCGCCUGUCAUCAUGCGGGGGUGGCUUUAUAAACAGGACAGCUCUGGUCUUAAACUCUGGAAACGACGUUGGUUCGUCCUUUCUAAUUACUGCCUCUUCUACUACCGAGACAGCCGCGAAGAGAAGGUUUUGGGCAGCAUCCUCCUCCCCAGCUAUGAGAUCCGGACAGCGUUCUCCAAGGAGAAGAAGAACCGGCGCUUCAUAUUCAAGGCCGAACAUCCUGGCAUGAGAACCUAUUAUUUCAGCGCAGACACCCAGCUGGACAUGAAUAGCUGGAUCCGCGCCAUGAACCAGUCGGCCGCUGCCGAGUGCGACUAUGGAAGCUACAACCGGAGGGGUCUCCAAAGCCAGUCCCCGUCCACAUGCACCAGCUUUGAGGACGUCACGCUCACGCAGAACGACUACGCCAAAAGCGCAGAAUCCCUGGAGAUCGCCCGUCUCUCGGAGGCACACGACGGGGAGGCCUCGUCGUCCGACAGCCUCCACGUGCAGGACAGUCAGGAGGGGACUCCGCGGCUCGGGAGGACGUCGUUGUGCAGCUCGCUCAACGGCGGAUACAGCCACAUAAGGAAAGAGCAACCAGAUUUAAGCUCCCUGUCUUCCCAGACUCACGGAAGCCCCUCGCCCGUCAUCCACCCCAAGCUCUCCUCCCGGCCGCGGUCCCCCUCCGAGAGCCCCACGCCUUCCUCCCCAUCCCGGACCCCUCAGCCUUCCCCUCUGCUUUCCAUCCGCUCCUCUCGUUCCUACUCCCUCCCCCUGACCCCUGCCGAAUCGCCUCAGAUACCCGACGCCCGCCAGUCGCCCCCUCGCGCCCGCAGGAAGCCCCCGAGACCUGCCGCCACCGCCGCACAGGCCAUCUCCUGCGAGGACCUGUCCUCCGCGGCCUCCCCGAGGGGCCUCGGGCGCCCCAACACCCCCAUGGGGCGCGUGGACAUUGCCCCCGGCGAGGGCCCUCCCAACAAUCCCUAUGCCACGCUGUCACCCGCCACCAGGGGGCGCACCCUGACGCCUGCUGACCGGUAUGACGUGUUCCCCUCUUCCGAAGACCCCUAUGGCAGGCGUUACGCCCGAAGCCCUCACCACAGCAGGGCCCGGCCCGUGGGCGAGGAAGGCCUGGCGCCCUCAUUGGCAAGGCAGCUGCCGCCCAGCAGAUUUGCAGACCGAGGUUAUCUCUCUCCGCCAGCUGGGACGUCCCGUGCUCUGGUCAUGUCUCGGCUACAUGGGCGACUGAUCACCCCUCACUCUGCCUCCUCCAGCUACCUCCACCUACCACCCCUGCCCCCCCUGCCUAACCGGCCCACCCCUGGGAAAAGGACGUCUUUGGGAACCACGUGCCGGACUCUGGUGCGAGAGAGGAGCAUCCAUUCUGCCGGGGGGCAGCGAUUUGAAAGCGACACUGAUGCUCUCUUGACAAAACUUUGCGGCCAGGACAAGGUGCUUCGUGGUCUUGAAGAGGACACGGCACAGCUCCGGGCAGAAAAGGAGCGGAUUGAGAAAGCCUUGGAGGUGACACGCCUGAGGCUGGAGGAGUUUAAAGGCCAAGACGCCACGAUGGAGAAAAUCUGCUACCAGCAGAGGCAGCUGCAAGACGAACUGGUGCAAACCCGAGCUCGCCUCUGUGAUCUAGCGCUGGACAGUGAACGAGCGUGGGAGGAUUACGCCGCCUUGGAAAAUGACCUGCAGAUGGUGAAGGGUUCCUUGGAGCAUAUCCGGACUGUGGGGCACCCCCAGGACCAAGUAGCUGCCCAGCAAGAUUUGUGGAGGAUCCACGACAUUCUGGCAGGACUGAGAUCCAGCCCAGCCAACCACCACGCCCUAGAAAGCAGAAGAUCAGGUGUGUCUCCAGCUACCACCCCAACUCUGGAUUCUCAUCUGGGUCCAAGCCACACACCCCAGCAGCUUUGUGCAGGAAUGGAGGAGUUUGAAUCAUCUCCUCCUCCCAAAUCCACCCUCUCCUUCCACGAAUCCACCACCAGCCACUUGCCAGCCACAGUGGGCCAGCUGGACAGCCCUCGGGCAGCGAAUCCGCCUAGUCCACCUGCUUCCUGCAGAGGGCAACAGGGGUCAUCACGGCAGUCGGAUGCCACCAGGCGGCCUCAAUACAAUUCCUCCGGCGAGCCCGCAGAGUCCGAGAAAGUGAGGGCAAAGGAUGGGGUUGGUCCAGAUCACGGGAGCCACAUCAGCAAACUCUGUGAAGACACUGAGCACAGCAUAAUCAAGGUCGUCCCCACAGAAGCGGUCGCCUCUCGCCGGCCUCGCAUGAGUGCCCAGGAGCAGCUGGACCGGAUGCAGCGGAACCAGGAGGCCAAAAGGAAAUCGGAGGCCGCCCAGCCAAACGCUCUGGGCCACUGGCGAGACUCUCUCAAGCGCGGGUCCAGCCGGCCCCUCCCCAAUACCCCCCCUGAGCCAUCACCCAAGGAGGGCGUGCAAACUGGGGGACUCAAGCCUCCUCGGUGCCCCCCGACCCCUGAGUGGGAGCGACAGCGAGUAAUCCAGCUCUCCUACGCCCUGGCGACAGAGGCUUCGCAGCAGCGGGGGAAGCGCAUCGCAGGAAGGACCAGCUCUCACUCCUCCCUAGACGAUAUCCCUGUGUCCCAUGAAAGCCUGAACCAUCACGGCCUCCCCGGUGACAGCCCCUCCAAAGAGCCAGAGCUCCGUGGACCUCUGCUAUCUGAGCAUGACCAAACAGCUGCUCGGAACUCAAGCUGCCACGAUAACUCCAGAACGGCGAAUCAGGGGCCACCCCAUGCAACCAAUCGAGUGCCGGGUGCUUCAGAAGCAUCCGAUUGGCCGCCACCUCCUCUUCCCAAGGAGGCGGGCCAUUUAAAGCCCAAGACUCUGCAGUUGGAGUCGCACCUGCUGGAACCAGCCAAUGAAGAGCUGCCCCUGGUCAGUGGUCCUCCCUGGGCGGCGCCUUUGCCUCAGCCAACCAGCCAGCACCUGUCUAUCUCUAGAACAGCCAAUUGGGCAUCUGAGCAAAGCCUCAUGGGCGGGCAGGGUGCAGCCAAUGGUAGGUGCCUUAAGUGGAGAGGCGAGAGCCAGUCCCGCCAUGUGGUGGCCUGCCUUGGCGAGACGGCGCAGCCUGUCAGGGUCACCCUGGUAAAAUCCAGCUUUUAGCUCCAGAGGGUGGAGGACCAGGAUUGAGGGGGGGGGGGGUGAGGAAGCCCUGCUGCCUGGCUCCAUCUUUCUCUAACAAGGACAGGGCAGAAGAAUAAGUUCAGUCCCAUAGAGUUGGCAGGCUCAGAGCGACCGUUUCCAUAGGAACAUGAGAAGCUGCCUUAUAACAAGUCAUGCCAUUGGUCCACCUAGCUCAGUACUGUCUACACUGAUUGGCAGCGGCUCUCCUGCAUUUCAGGCAGGGAGUCUUUGCCAGCCCUAUCUGGAAAUGCCGAGGAUUGAACCUGGAAACUUCUGCAUAGAAAGCAGAUGCCAUAUCACUAAGCAUCUCUUCCACUCCUUUUUUUGUAACUCUCCAACCCUAGAUAGCAUCAUUUAAAAACAAACAAAAAAACUUGUUAUAAAUCCCAGGGGUCAGAACUGCAACACACAUACACCCUGCUCAAAGCGCAUGCAUUCACUUAUAUAUGAACAUGUUACACGUGUCUUUGCGCACAAGGGCACGAGUCUGGCAAGAUGCACCAUUCCAUCGCUAUCACGCUGACUUGCACACACAAGUUUAGGAGAGUAUCUUCGACAGGGUUCAUUGCUCUCGUCUCCUCCAACCACAUUUGCAGGAUGAGAGUGGUGGGGGACUUAUAUAAUGGCAUGACUGUGGAAGCACAGCAGGGAUAUGGGGGUCCUGAAUUCAAAUCCCUGAGGCAGAGUUCUCAGUUGUUCCCAGUUUGCCUCAGGAGACCGUGCCUGAGAUCAAGCUACUUGCCCAGGUCUCUACAAUGAGUUGGUGGCAGAGAUGCUUCCCUUAAUGCUGUUCUGGACUACAGCUCCCAUCUGCCCCAGCACCAUGCUUCUGGCUGGGGUAGAUGGGAAUUGUAGUCCAAAACAGCUGGAGGGCAUCAGGUUGGAGAAUGCUGCUCUGGGACGUGGCAGGUGCAGAUAUUUAUUUAGCCCUUCCCAGGGAGAAGGCCGGGGGGGGAGAUUUUUCCUAAAGAAAUGAAGCAUCUGCGCUUACAGAUGCAUAACUGCUAGUUUAUGAUAGGAAACACACACUCAGGCGGCCAUAUCCAUUCAUGCCCGUCUUGACACCCUGUUUGCUCCCAUCAGGGGAGCCAACUUGAAUAAAAUAUUGUGGGGGCCCAGGUAAGCCCCGCCCCACAUAAUCGGUCAAAUGAUGCAAUGCUCACACCAUUUGAAUG